GGGGGAGAAUGGCCGCCGCCGCCGCCAGCGGGACCCCGGGAGGACAUAGAUCCCCUCCCCCUGGCCCAUCAGGCAGAGGGUGACCUUGCCAUUUGGAGCUACCUUCACCAUGAAUAACAAGGACACCACUGAGGUUGCUGAGAACAGCCAUCACCUGAAGAUCUUUCUCCCCAAGAAGUUACUGGAGUGUCUUCCCAGAUGCCCACUGCUGCCUCCCGAGCGGCUCCGAUGGAACACAAAUGAGGAAAUUGCCUCGUACUUAAUCACCUUUGAGAAGCAUGACGAGUGGCUGUCCUGCUCCCCCAAGACCAGGCCUCAGAAUGGCUCCAUCAUCCUCUAUAAUCGCAAGAAGGUAAAGUACCGGAAGGAUGGCUACUGCUGGAAGAAGCGGAAGGAUGGAAAGACCACUCGAGAGGACCACAUGAAACUGAAGGUGCAAGGCAUGGAGGCUUUGUUGUAUGUGGGUAUUCCACCCCUGCCAAUACCACCACCUUCUCAUGAGGCAGGGUUGGUAUCUCUUCAGGUGGCAGGAGAAGGGGGCCCACUCUCUGCCUCUGUGCUCUUUGAGUAUCGUGCCCGCCGUUUUUUAGCUCUUCCCAGCACCCAACUCGACUGGCUGUCCUUAGAUGACAACCAGUUCCGGAUGUCCAUAUUGGAGCGACUAGAGCAGAUGGAAAAGCGGAUGGCAGAAAUGGCAGCAGCUGGACAGGCUCCUCCCCCAGGUCCUGACCCUCACCCAGUACAGGGAGGUGUCCCGGGGCCUGGGUUUGAGGCCCGUGUGGUGGUCCUAGUAGAACGUAUGAUCCCUCGUUAUGGCUGGCGGGGCCCUGAUCACCUGGUUCACGGGGGACCCUUCCGGGGUAUGAGUCUCCUUCACCUGGCAGCAGCCCAGGGCUAUGCCCGUCUCAUUGAGACCCUGAGCCAGUGGAGGACUAUGGAGGCAGAAAGCUUGGACCUGGAGCAAGAGGUGGAUCCACUUAAUGUGGAUCAUUUCUCCUGUACUCCUCUGAUGUGGGCUUGUGCCCUAGGGCACCUGGAAGCUGCUGUGCUCCUUUUCCGAUGGAACCAACAGGCACUAAACAUCCCUGAUUCUCUCGGCCGACUACCCCUGGCUGUGGCACAUUCCCGGGGGCAUGUACAACUUGCCCGAUGUCUAGAAGAGCUACAAAGACAGGAGGCUUCAGUUGAGCCCCUGCCUGCCCCUUCACCACCCUCUGCCAGCCCUGACACUGGUCUGAGCAGUGUCUCCUCACCUUCAGAGCUGUCAGAUGGCACGUUCUCUGUCACUUCAGCCUACUCUAGUGCCCCAGACAGCAGUCCCCCACCUGCUUCUCUGCCUACUUCUGAGGGAACCACUGAGGUGACACAGCCAGGCCAGUCUCCUCAUGGUCUCUCUGAGGCUUCCAACCUACUCAUGGACUACAAGGCCAGUAACCCCAAGGGGCUUCCCUCACCCCACUCUGUGAGUGAGGACUCCACGGUAGAUGCUCCAAUCCAGGGUUAUGGGGCCAGUUCGAAGGGAGCUGAUUGCCAUCAGGCUGUGGACACAAUACAGGUGGACAUGAUCUCCCUGGCCAAACAGAUUGUUGAGGCAACACCAGAACGGAUUAAACAGGAAGACUUUGGAAGUGUCCCUGAGGCUGGAGGCCCUCUUCAAGAACAGACUGGAGCCAUGGGGCUCAGUGAGACUAUGUCCUGGCUGGCUAGUUACCUGGAGAAUGUGGACCACCUCCCUAACCUCACCCAGCACAGUGAGCUGCCCUUUGAGCGGGGUCGCCUGGCUGCUCCCCCUGCCCCAUCUUGGGCAGAGUUCCUUGGGGCCUCAGCCAAUGGGAAGAUGGAAAGUGAUUUUGCAUUGCUGACACUGUCUGAUCAUGAGCAACGGGAACUGUAUGAAGCUGGCCGUGUCAUCCAGACUCCCUUCCGCAAGUACAAGGGCCGCCGACUAAAGGAGCAGCAGGAGAUGGCAGCAGCUGUGAUCCAGCGCUGUUACCGAAAGUACAAGCAGUUUGCACUCUAUAAGAAGAUGACCCAAGCAGCCAUCCUGAUCCAGAGCAAAUUCCGAAGUUACUAUGAACAGAAGCGAUUUCAGCAGAGUCGACGGGCAGCUGUACUAAUUCAACAACACUACCGUUCUUACCGAUGCCGACCUGGGCCCUGCCACCGGCCUCCUGGGCCCUCAGGACCUCUGCCUCCCCGUAGCAAAGGCUCCUUCCUCACCAAGAAACAGGACCAGGCAGCUCGGAAAAUCAUGCGUUUCCUGAGGCGCUGUCAACACAGGAUGAAAGAACUGAAGCAGAGCCAGGAACUAGAGGGUCUCUCCCAACCUGAACUGGCCACCUGACACCCUCACCACAAUUACCACCUUGAGGAGGGGUGGUCUCUACAGGGAUAAAAUCCCUUGUUGGAAUAGGAGACAGCUUCCCUCCAAGACUCCAUGGAGCCUCUUCCCUCUGUAGGGCUUUCCUCUUACCCUCUCUUAAGUGUUUGUUUCCCCACCUCCUUCCAGGAUUCCUGUCUCUCUUGCCUUCUCCUUUCCCUAUUUUUACUGGCCUUGGCCUCUAGUCUGACCUACACCUUAAUCUUUAGCUGUGUCAAGCCCCUGUUUCUGCUCCCCCUGCACCUGUGAAGGGGCUCCCUCUUUUGCCUGCCUGCCUUACGUGUUUCUUUCAACAGUCAGCCUCUGAAAGUCUCUCCCAGUUUCCCAUUUCCAUAUCCGCUUCUUCCCCUUUCUGUCUGUCUCCCGUGUCUCAGCCCCGCCACUCACAUCUCUGAUGCCUGGAGAAGUCUUGGCAUGAUUCUUUGUCUCGGCGCCUGCACUGUCACUUCUGUAUCCUGACUCUUGUUCUCUUUCUGCCCCUCCCCCUCAUCUCCCUCCCCUUAUUGAUGGGGUCGAAAGGGAGAAUGGGGGAAUGGGGGAGGUGUAAAUAACAAGUGUGUGUGUGGGAGUAUUGUACGGAACUGUGAGGGAUGGGGCUGGUGGUGCAUGGGCCAAUUGCUCCCCCACCCCGGGUUCAAAAUGGGUGAGGGGGGCGUCUCCUCAUCUCCACCCCACUGCCCAGAUGGUCACUGUUUCUAAGUGUGCAUGGGCUUGGUUUGUACAACUUGCCAUUAAAACAUCGUUGCAACCGUC